UUAAAAAGAACUUGUGAUUUCCAUGACUUCGUACACGCUUGUAACGUGCCGAAAAGAUGACGGUUCUUUCUGGAGAGAAUGUAUUGGGAGAGGGUAACAGCACUCCACCUCGAAAGAAAUUUCGUCUUUCUAUGAAAACUCCUGGCUAUCAGGAGAAUAGACAGACUCAUGUUGCGAGAAGAAAUCCGUUUGCAGCACACCAAAGCCAGCAGAGUAGUGUGUUAACUCCAAGAAACACCAAUAGUGACUCAAAAUUUGGUCAGUCCAGCUCUUCGAGAGAGAGAUUAGAUUCUGGCACGAUGCUGAACGGCUAUCUGCCAGGUGAUUCGAAGAGCUCCCCUGAGGGCAGUGACGGUUCGUGCAGUUCUCCAGUGGCGACACUGGCUAACCUGGGCAACACGUGCUUCCUCAACAGCGUGCUCUACACUCUCCGCUUUGCUCCCUCGUUCCUCCACAACCUACACCACCUGGCGCUGGACCUGCAGCAGCAUUCAUCCAGCCUGAAGGUGAAAUCGUCAUCCCUGGGCCGCAAUGUUGGCCUCGGGGGCCUGGGAGUGGGCGGUUCGGGGAAGAGCUGGAGCAGCAAAGAUCUGCCGUCGCUGGGGGGCGGUUCAGGUGGCGGAGUGGGCAGCUCGGCACUGUCAUCCGGCUCUGCCAACUGUGCACCCUUUGGCGUGGGGCCUGCGGACGGUCGGUCCCGCCUGCGGGCGGUGACGGAGCGGCUGCACGACCUGUACUGCAGCAUGCGGCAGGCGGAGCAGCGCGACGGCCCCGAGCCCUUCCAGCCGGAUGUCUUCCUGCAUGCCCUCAGGGAAGUGAACCCGAUCUUCGAGGGCAACCAGCAGCACGACGCGCACGAGCUGCUCGUGUGCCUGCUGGACACGGUGCGUGAGACGUGCCGCCUGCUCGCACUCCCUGCCCCCGCCUCCAAGUCCAGCUGGGGAGUGCGCAAGUCCUGGAAGAAGAAGAGGCCGCAGCCACCCCAGCAGCAGCAGGGGAAGGCGACGUCGGGGUCCGUGUCCGCACUGCGCGGCAGCUCGCCCAGUCCUGUGCCGGAGAACUCGGCUGCGGAGGCGGUCAACGGAGUGGCCUCGUUGGCAGGCAUCAGCGAGUGCGUAGAUGGCGAAGGCUGCGAGUCGUCGAGCACUGCCUCGCAACGUGACGCGUCCGGUGACGAAGCAUCGACGGCAGCCAGUUCGCAGUGUUCGGACCUGAAGCAGCAGCAACAGCACCAGAGGUCUACGCCGGGGUACAACUUCGUCGCAGACGACUUCGAGGGGAUCACCGUGCUGAGGACGACGUGCCUAGAAUGUGAGACAGUCACUGAACGCAAGGAGACGUUCUGCGAUAUCUGCGUGCCCAUAGCCACGGACCAAGACUCGGACGAUGAGAGCUGUCCCGGAACGGCAGGCGUGUACCAGUCGGCGGUGGUCACGAGCGAGCAUCUGCGCGACCUGAACAAGUACUGGUGCGAGCAGUGCUUGCGCUACAACGAGGCGAGACGGCAGGUGCGCUACGAGCGGCUGCCCCGGCUGCUCGUGCUACAACUCAAGAGGUUCUCCUCCACCUUUGGGUCGAUGGUAUGCGUGUCGAAGGUGAAUGACUACAUGCCGACUCCCCUCACACUCGGCUGCUUCUGUGAGACGUGUUGUCCGUUGGCGGAGGAAAACCGCCCCCACAGCUAUCGUCUGUUCGGUGUAAUAAUGCACCUCGGAGCGACUAUUGCCUCUGGUCACUACGUGGCGUAUGUCCGGGCGGCAGACCCUUCUCCAGACUACAGGCGUUGCGACAGGCGGAGAGCGGCGUCCCUGGACGGGUGUCUCAGUAGUUCCGGCUCUGGUUCUACAGGGUCGACAAGUAGCAGCAGCAGUGGGGAAAAGAUGGGCAGCAUCUUAAAGUUCUUCCGGCCGCGCUCCUCGGCGUCCGUGGCCGUCUCCUCGUCGAGUGCCUCUGGCCACGGUCCGACUGUCGGUGACACGGGCUCGGCCGGUGGGCCGUGCCGCGGCACAGAAUGCUGCGGCGUGCGGUUGCAGCUGCCGGCGCCCGUGGGUGACACCACUGCCGUGCCGGAUGCGCCGUGGCUCGAGUGCGAUGAUGAGACGGUGAGGGUGCUGACCCGGAAGGAGUUCGAGGACGUUCUCGGCCCCAAGCAGUCGAAGACUUCAUCCCUCACACCGUAUCUACUCUUCUACGUCCGGGUGUAG